CACGGCUGCCCCAUGGUGUGGCUGCCCUGCAGUGGGGCUGCCCCACACUGCCCCAUGGUUGCCCCACAGUGGGUCUGCCCCACACUGCCCCAUGGCUGCCCCAUGGCUGCCCCACAGCUGCGCCACAGUGGGUCUGCCCUAUGGCUGCCCCACGGUGUGGCUGCCCCGCAGUGGGGCCGCCCCACGGCCGCUCUGACACGGUGCCCCCCCCCCCCCCCGCAGCAUCUCGGACCGGGGCGGGGGGAUCCCGCACGAGCUGCUGGACAAGGUCACCCAGUACCACUUCAGCACGGCCGAGGCCAGCGCCCAGGACCCGCGCCUGGGCGGCCCCUUCCGCACCCUCAUGGACCUGCAGCCCGGCCCCAUGCACGGAUGUCCCUCCCCCCCCGGCGCUUCCCGGGGCUGUCCCUGCUCAGGGCGGCGUCCCGGCGCAGGUUCGGCUUCGGGCUGCCCACGUCUCGGGCCUACGCCGAGUACCUGGGGGGGUCGCUGGCGCUGCAGUCGCUGCAGGGGGUGGGCACCGACGUCUACCUGCGCCUGCGCCACAUCGACGGCAAGGCCGAGAGCUUCCGCAUCUGACGGGGCUUCGCCACCGGCGCCAGCGGGGGCACAGCGCUGCGGGGGUGGACACGGAGAACUUCGGGGGGGCGGUGGUUGUGGGGGGAGGGACGUGGAGAACUUCUGUAUGGUGGUCGUUGGUGGUGAUAUGGACAUGGAGAACAUCUCUAGGGUGGUCGUUGGUGGUGAUAUGGACAUGGAGAACAUCUCUAGGGUGGUCGUUGGUGGUGAUAUGGAUAUGGAGAACCAACUCGUGGUCAUGGGAUGGACCUGGAGAACUUCUGUAUGGUGGUUAUUGAUGGUGAUAUGGACAUGGAGAACAUCUCUAGGGUGGUCGUUGGUGGUGAUAUGGACACAGAGAACUUCUGUGGGGUGGUUGUUGUGGGGGGAUGGACGUGGAGAACCAACUCGUGGUCAUGGGAUGGACCUGGAGAACUUCUGUAUGGUGGUUAUUGAUGGUGACAUGGACAUGGAGAACAUCUCUGUGGUGGUUGUUGUGGUGGGAUGGACAUGGAGAACAUCUCUGUGGUGGUUGUUGUGGUGGGAUGGACAUGGAGAACAUCUCUGUGGUGGUCAUUGUGGUGGGAUGGACAUGGGGAGCCAACUCAUGGUCAUGGGAUGGACAUGGAGAACUUCUCUGUGGUGGUUAUUGGUGGUGAUAUGGACCUGGAGAACCAACCCAUGGUCAUGAGAUGGACCUGGAGAACAUCCCCAUGGUGGUAUGGACCUGGAGAACAUCUCUGUGGUGGUUAUUGGUGGUGAUAUGGACCUGGAGAACAUCUCUAUGGUGGUCAUUGGUGGUGAUAUGGACCUGGAGACCAUGUCUAUGGUGGUCAUUGGUGGUGAUAUGGACCUGAAGAACAUCUCUAUGGUGGUCGUUGAUGGUGAUAUGGACAUGCAGAACAUCUCUGUGGUGGUAGUUGGUGGUGAUAUGGACCUGGAGAACCAACCCAUGGUCAUGGGAUGGACAUGAAGAACAUCCCCGUGGUGGACGUUGGUGGUGAUAUGGACAUGGGGAGCCAACCCGUGGUCAUGGUAUGGACAUGGAGAACAUCCCCAUGGUGGUAUGGACAUGGAGAACAUCUCUAUGGUGCUCGUUGAUGGUGAUAUGGACCUGGAGACCAUGUCUAUGGUGGUCAUUGGUGGUGAUAUGGACCUGGAGAACAUCUCUAUGGUGGUCAUUGAUGGUGAUAUGGACCUGGAGAACCAACCCAUGGUCAUGGGAUGGGCCUGGAGAACAUCCCCGUGGUGGACAUUGCCCAUGGCAUGGAUAAGGAGAACCUCCCCAUGGUGGACAUUGGCCAUCACGGAGAUGAAGGUUCAUCUGGAGAACCUCCAUGCAUUGGGUGUCCAUCACGGUACGGAGCUGGAGAACAUGCCAAUGGUGGACAUGAUCACGCGGUGGCCAUGGAGAACCAACCCGUGGUGGAAACGAGCGUGGAUGGACCUGGAGAACCUCCCUAUGUUGGACAUUGGCCACCAUGGAGGUCGAGGUGGACCUGGAGGACCUCCAUUGAUCAUCAUGGAGGUCGAGGUGGACCUGGAGGACCUCCAUUGAUCAUCAUGGAGGUCGAGGUGGACCUGGAGGACCUCCGUUGAUCAUCAUGGAGGUCGAGGUGGACCUGGAGGACCUCCGUUGAUCAUCAUAGAGGUCGAGGUGGACCUGGAGGACCUCCAUUGAUGAUCAUAGAGGUCGAGGUGGACCUGGAGGACCUCCAUUGAUGAUCAUAGAGGUCGAGGUGGACCCGGAGGACCCCCCCCAAUGGCCCCCAUGGAGCCUCCCCCCGCCCCGAUUGGCUCGUCAGGGCCCCGCCCUCAUUAAAGCUGCAGCCAAUGGCGA